UUUGAUAUCUUCCCUUAUUACGGGGUUUGACCAGAAUGGACCUCUCCUUGUUUGCUUUCCUUUCUAACAAAUGGGCUUUCCCUUUGUCAACCUUAGGUAAUGGUUGAGGAUGCACAUUCACUGAAUCCACUGCAUGGUUAGCUCUAGGGAACUUCCUCUACAAAUACCCAUACUCAUGAAAAGUUUGACAUUAGAAAGGAAGAGAUUCAUAGUCAGUCCAUAAGCCGGCGUAGCCUUAACGUACCUCUGCUACCCUUCUUGUGAUUUUGCGAGCUUUCAUAGCUCAAACAGUGACUGCAUCUUCAAAAUAUCCAUUCAUAUAAGCAAUGACGGAGGAAAAGUGUGGCUAUGGAAAGGAUGGAAUAUUCAAAUCCCUCUACCCUCCAUUGGUACUUCCAAAGGAUGAUUAUGCAAGCCUGGUCCCUUUCCUGUUUAGAAAUUCAGCAGCUUAUGCUCACAAAACUGCAUUGAUUGAUGCUGAUUCAGGGGAAAAACUCUCCUUCAAAGAUUUCCAAGAGAAGGUAAACUGGGUGGGCAGUGGAUUAUACCAACUGGGUAUCAGGAAGGAAGAUGUGGUUCUCAUAUUUGCCCCAAAUUCAAUCAAUUUUCCUCUGUGUUUUCUGGGAAUCAUUUCAAUUGGGGCAGUGGCAACUACAGUGAAUCCUCUGUACACCACCAUGGAACUCACCAAACAGGUGCAGGAUUCCAAGACCAAGCUCAUUUUUACAGUCCCUGAGGUCUGGCAUAAAGUCCAGGAUUUGGGCUUACCCACAGUCAUAAUAGGAUCUCCUAAUGAUGGUGAUCUCAGUGGGGGGUCUAAGUCAGGUAUACCCAUUACUCUGUUUUCUGAGCUCUUAAACAGGGGAGCCCAAAAGAUUCCACCUGUGGUUAGAAUCAGGCAAGGGGACACAGCUGCACUGUUGUAUUCCUCUGGGACUACUGGGAUCAAUAAAGGGGUGGUUCUGACUCACAGGAAUUUUGUGGCAUCUGCCCUGAUGGUGUCCUACAACCAAGAAGCCAGGGGUGAAAGAGAUUUGAUUUGGUUAUGUCUUGUUCCAAUGUUCCAUGUCUAUGGCCUGGCAGUUGUAACACUUGGCCAGAUUCAGAGAGGAAAUGCUGUGGUCUCCAUGGGUAAAUUUGAUUUUGUGAGGAUGCUUGAGGUCAUUCAAGAGUACAAGGUAACACACUUGCCCAUAGUGCCCCCCAUUGUGAUGGCACUUGCAAAGAGUAAGGAGAUUCUUGCCCAAUAUGAUCUGUCUUCUCUCAAGGAAAUCAUCAGUGCAGCUGCACCAAUUGGAAGGGAUAUCAUAGAGGAGACUGCAGCACAUAUCCCUACAGCUGAAAUUCUUCAGGGAUAUGGUCUAACUGAAGCUUGUGGCGCUGCAACAAUGGUGGUCAGGGAAAGGAAUAGUCAUUUUGGGUCUGUAGGGACAUUAUUGCCAAGCAUUGAAGCAAAAAUUGGCAGUCUAAAAACAGGGAAACCUCUUUCUCCUAAUCAGAAAGGAGAGAUUUGCAUCCGUGGGCCUAAUAUCAUGACAGGAUACUUCAAUAAUCCAAAUGCAACUAAAGAUACAUUCGACAAGGAUGGCUGGUUGCAUACGGGAGAUCUGGGCUAUUUUGAUGAGAACAAUAACUUAUUUAUUGUUGAUCGUAUUAAGGAACUAAUCAAGUGUAAAGGAUUCCAGGUAGCUCCAGCUGAGUUGGAAGCACUAUUGCUUACACAUUCAGAAAUUGUGGAUGCAGCAGUUAUUCCUCGGCCUGAUCCAAGAGCGGGAGAGGUUCCUGUAGCAUACAUUGUCCUUUCUUCAAGAAGUUCUUUGAAAAAACAAGAUGUGAUGGAGUUUGUUUCCAAGCAGGUGGCACCAUUUAAAAGGUUACACAAUGUAACAUUUUUGAAAAUGAUACCUAGAUCUACUUCUGGAAAGAUCCUUCGACGAGAGCUAGUUAAAAAUAUCAAAUCAAAGUUAUAAGUAUCCUCUGAUGCAUCAUGGAAAAUUAAAAAAUUUAGACACAAGUCCUUGUUCAAGAUACUGCAAUUCAAUCCAAUCCAAUUAUCUAUUUUCACUUAACAUUUUAUAAAAUUAUAAGUUUAAUUAAAUAGUUUU